AAAGCUGAGAGUCUGGAGGACGAGAGAGGAGUUUUAAGAGCAAAAGGUGGCUAAAAUUUUGCAUUAUUUGGUUUUUGGAGUUUGUAGCUAUCGGUGUUCCAUGCUCCUCGUUUGACCACAUACUAUUUUCUUUCUAAUUCAUUUCCCCAUCCAUUCCCCAUUCCCCAUUCCCCAUUCCCCAACUCUCUUCUCGUCAUGACCGCCUCUCAACUCAUCUCCGUUAGUCCCGACGAACUCCGCUUCCAUUUUGAGUUGGAGAAGCAAACAUUUUGCGAUCUUAAGGUCCUCAAUAAUUCCCAGAACUAUGUUGCUUUCAAGGUCAAAACCACUUCACCAAAGAAAUACUUUGUGCGACCUAACACCGGCGUUGUACAGCCCUGGGACUCCUGUAUCAUCAGAGUCACCCUCCAAGCCCAACGGGAAUACCCUCCAGACAUGCAAUGUAAAGACAAGUUUCUCUUACAGAGUACAACAGUGAAUCCAAAUACUGAUCUUGAUGAUCUCCCACCAGAUACUUUUAAUAAGGAGAGUGGUAAUUCAGUAGAGGAGUUGAAAUUGAGAGUUGCAUAUAUCUCUCCUACCUCACCUGAAGAUGAUGCAUCAAAGAACUCACAAAGCCUCAAUUCCUCUUCUAGUCAGGCUUUACAGAAUCUGAAGGAAGAAAGAGAUGCCGCUGCCAGACAAACGAGACAGCUGCAACAGGAACUGGACAUGCUGAAAAGACGAAGAAACCGAAGAAGUGAUCCUGGCUUUUCCUUCACCUUUGCCAUUUUUGUGGGUCUCCUUGGAGCUUUACUUGGCUUUCUAAUGAAACUUUUAUUCUCUUCUCCAUCUACAGAAUGAUUGCGACUAGUCGAAACAUUUUCAUGCAGACUCUCCGUAUUGUUCACUGUAUACGUGUAAAGUUUAAUAUUCUUGUGAAUGAGAUUUUUCCAAUAUGCCUUAGUCUUACUGUACUACUAUUGUUUGGUAGGGUAAUAGAUUGUAAAUUCUUUUCUUAAA